AUGAGUCGUAUCCAGUGGCGUCUACGAGAACUUCCAAAAACUAUAAGUCAAACAAUACGUUAUCGAUGGCAGUACGGCAAACAAUGUUUCCGAUCUUUAACUUAUAAUCAUCACAUGAACCAGUCGUACGCAUCGGAUGUGUGUAUGGAGCCAAUAUUUUGGUUCGUGGACAAUUUUACCCAUCUUCUCGGACCGUUCUUUGUGUUCGCCGUGAUAUGUCUCACAACAGCAGUGGUAACGAUAUGCUACUGGAUUGGAUUGCCGUAUUGGUGGAACAAAAAUAAGUGUAUGACAAUAUUUCUACUGUUUGUCGGUCACUGGUUGUUGUUGAAUGUGGUAUACAACUUCUAUAAAGCCGCCUCUAUUUCGCCAGGAAGUCCACCGGAGAAAGAACUGAUUGUGCAAGCGGUUAGCAUAUGCAAAAAAUGUAUUGCCCCGAAACCUCCGCGCACACACCAUUGCUCGGUGUGCAAUCGGUGCGUGCUAAAGAUGGAUCAUCAUUGCCCUUGGCUUAAUAAUUGUGUAGGCUACCAGAAUCAUAGAUACUUUUUUCUCUACAUGUUGUACACGACGAUUGGCACACUGUUUAUAAUUUCAUUUGGUUUUGAGUUGGGGUAUGGCGUUCUGUUUCUCGAUGAAGAUGGCUGGAAAGAGGUAGAGCCAUUACAAGGACACCCGGUUCGGUUCAAUUUAACCGGGCAUAUCAUACCCGUGACGGAAAUGAAUGACUACGAGAACGACGGAAUGGCUCCUGCCGAGCAUGAUCUGCCUAUACCUCAUCACGGCCUCCGGCCUCAAACCAUUCACGGUGCAAUACUGUUCAUGGCGCUGAUAAAUGUAGCAACUUUGUUCGCGUUAGGUGCACUAACGGCCUGGCACAGCACUCUGAUAACACGUGGAGAGACCAGUAUCGAGGCGCACAUCAAUAAAUCCGAGACUAAACGGCUAGCAGCGAUAAACAAGGUGUAUCGUAAUCCGUACGAUUUCGGAUCGCGACAGAACUGGAAACUGUUCCUAGGGUUAACUCGCAAACGCACCUGGUGGCGACAUGUGCUGUUGCCAUCAUCUCACAAACCCGAGGGAAAUGGAUUGACUUGGUUAACAUAUAACAAUGUGACUGACAAUGUCGAUGAGUGGCCGUAA